CGAGCCAUGAUCUUCUGCCCGUACUGCGCCAACCAGCUCACCUUGGUCGAAGGCGCGUCGGGCAACAAGUUCGGCUGCGCGACCUGCCCGUACGAGUACCCGCUCAACAAGCGCUACAUGGAGCGCACGUACCUCAAGCGCAAGCAGAUCGACGACGUCAUGGGCGGCGCUGACAGCUGGAAGAACGUCGACUCGACCGCAGUCGACUGCCCGAAGGAGUGCGGGUCGGACCGCGCCUUCUACAUGCAGAUUCAGAUCCGCUCGGCCGACGAGCCGAGCACGACCUUCUACAAGUGCACCAACAUGCACUGCAACUAUCAGUGGCGCGAGAACUAGCCUGGCGCAGCGUGCAGGGACGGAGCCAAGGGAGGACGAGCGGGACGAGGGGGAGGAAUCGGGACCGCGAGGAGGGGGCGCAGGGUCCAGUCCGUGUCUUGUUGCCAUCAUUACCGCACGCUUUCUUCUCAG